AUGACGUCUUCUGAUUUUUUGGUCGCUUCACUGCGAUACUUCGGCCACGAAGCCAUUCUCGAGGACUCGGACCUCUGUAACGCAAACCGGACGCGCUCCGGAAGUUUCCGGAAUGUUCUAGGGAGCACUUAAGUAUGCUGAUGUCGCUAAAGGGGUCACUAGGAAUGCUCAGGAUCGUCCGGAGCGCGCGUCCAAAUUGGUGUCACGCUUUCGAUGAUUAAUAGCGAGUUUCGAAAUCAAUUUUUGACCUCUUGGUACCAUUUUAUGUUUACUUCUUGCUAGUUAGUCAGUGAGAAAGGCGAUUUGGAAAUCUAUAAAAUCUCAACGUAAGAGUUCAGUUUUAUCGAACUAUGGUUUUUUCACUCGGAAUCUAACCUUUUUUUUUAUCAGCCUUGUAAAAAUAAACAUAGGAAAUUUGAAACGGUUUGAUUUUUCAACUAAAUUUAUCAAGUUUUAGGUUUUUGAAAGGGGAACAACGGUCAAAAUCUGUUGAAAAGUCUUUUCCGAGAUCUUUUUCGCAAAAGUCUUGCUCUUCACUUUCGCAGGAAAGAGCUCUUCAUUUCCGAAAAUUUUACGCUUCUUUAAACUUCAAAGAUACAUUUCAAGUCUGUAAUUCGAAAAUAAAAAUGAUAAAUCAUCAAUUUGACUUCUAAUUCCGUCUUUUGAUUCCAGAUUGUUUAUCAUUGAAAUCAACGAUUUUUCCGUCAACAUUUCCUGUCUUCUUCUCCGCGACAGUCAUCAAUCAACACAAACGUGUUCGCCAUCAUUAUGAAAAUAUAUCCUCGAAAUUCAGGUCGUAUAUUUUGAAAAGGAAACUAGAAGUUAUUCGGAUUUUUUUAGACCUGGUGGUUUAUUUCAAAGUAUUAACGAUCGGUUUGAGAGGAGAGCUGCGUGGCUAAGUCGGUAAGACUGCGGUCUUGAGGUGAAAAGGUCGCUAGAUCGAGUUUUCAGAAAGUUUGUCACGCUUUUUCCAAUAAAGAAAUGUUUUUUUCUGGUUCAUAAAAUUUUUCUAUGAAUUAUCCCUUCUUUUUCAAUUUUCUCCUGUACUUGAAGUAAUUUUUUUUAAAGUCGUUCAAGGUUAAUAUUAUGCGUAAACACUGAGUCUAUUGAAAAUUGAAAAAAAAAACUUUUGAUGGCAAAUCAUUUUUUAGAAGCCAUCACUUCUAGGAAUUCUUGAAUUUUAGGAGGGUUUUCCAGGAUUCCUUUUUUGUAUCUUCUGAAGGCUGAAUAAUUUGGAAAUGCCCUCUAAUUAAUAUUUCUUUCACCUCGGGCCAAGUCGGAAUCGUUGAUAAUGGGCGCAAAAAGGCCGCAAAAAAGCAGCAAAAAGAAUCCCUUUAUGGAACAUUCCUUUUUUUUCUAGCUUUUCAAAGACUCAAGAAAUGAUGGAAAAAGGGCGAGGCUGCAAAAAUGGUGCAUAAGAGCCGAUGAAAUGGCGCAAAAAGUCACCAAAAAAAGAACUUUUCUAAGAAGCCUUUUCCAUCUUUCCGACUAUGUCUAUGACUGCUUUUCAGUUUUUUUUAUGACGGCUAAUAUGCAUUCAUUUUUCUUUUUUUUUUCUCUUUUUCAACCUGUCUUCCGUUUUAAAACUCCUAGAAAGCAAUAAGAUCCUCGAUGAAAGCCGCGAAAACAGAAAUUUCAGCAGCUCUUUGAGAGCCUUUUUCUGUGAGACCCUUUAUUGAACCUUAGAACUUUGCGUCAAAAAUUUGAAAGUAUAUAUUUUCCGACCUUCUCUUUGCUUUUCCUGUCAACACUUAUUGCAUCAGACUUAUUGUUAUUAUUUUCUCCUAAUCUGUGUCAACGCACUUAUUUCAUUAAAAACAACUCUUCGACUCGAGUUUCGAAUUCAAUAAAGUGCGAAAAGAAAACGAGUGUAAUUUAAACGAAAUUUUAACGACGCAUCGAAAUGGACACAUGUCUACCAGUUUGAUUGUCUUUGACACCAUCGGGGCAAAAAUCAAAGAGAAUAAAAAAAAAGACGGUUUCAUUGAACCGGGUUUUUUACAGUUUCAACUUCUGUGGGCGGAGAUUCCGUCAGCCGACGUCGUCAGAAGUUCAGAAGACGAGUCAGACGACUUCAGCCAUGCUCGACAAGCCUCAACGCAAAAAGUCCAUCGUUCCUCAUGUUCACGUCAGUUUUUAUUCAUUUUCUUUCUUUUGUUAUAUCAAAUUUUUUUGGAACUGUGAUUUGUGAGAGUAUUUUUCAGUUUCAGUUCCGAAUCUAGACUUAAAUUGAAAAUUGGCGCAGGAAGUUUUAAAAAUCAGCAUUUCAAAGCGGAAAAUAGGACGAAAUUAAUAAUCAAUCUUUAGGAACUUUUAGAAGCUUCCUGUAGGCCCAACCUUAGGUGCCCUUGAAGGUUCCUCUCUAGGGACCACUUUACUUACUCCUCCCUUAUAGGACCAAUAAAAAUUGCAAAAGUGGCUCCUAAAGGAGUUUUAGUUAGUCGUAGAAUCCUUUCCAUUCUGAAAUUCAAUAAUUUAUCGUUCCUUGUAUGAAAAAUAUAAACAGAAGAUGGAUUGGUCAAGUUUGUCUUUUUUCAAAUGUAAAAAAAGUAGUUUGAAAGACCCUGUAGUACUUUAGGGACCACUUGGGUUGUAGGAACCACCUAAAUUUUGCCCCUAAAGGGGUCCCUUUUUGUCUCUUGUAGAGUUCAUUGCUCCCUAAUCCCUAUAGGGACCACUCUGGUGAUCCUAGAAAGACCAGUAUCAAACUGAAUUAGUUUUCUUUCUGAUGAUAUGAAAAGUUUUCACUUUCUCAAGUGAGGCUUAACUUUGGUGAUUAUUUUAUCGACUCGUCACUUCAGAGAGAACGCAAAAGGACGACAAGUGAUGCAAACGAUGGUCAUGAGUACAAUAAAAAGGUGAGAAAAGCCCAACAAAGACUGUGAUCUGGAUUCUCCUCAGGUCCGCAAGCUCCACUCGGAGUUUGACAAAACGACCAAGGAAACGAGCGAGGAGAAGCAUUUCGAUACGCACAGCGAGCGUCAGUGAAGAUGUUGAAAAAAUGAAUAAUCUCGGAUUUUCCAGCCGAUUUGCCGUUGAUCGACCCGGAAUGUGAUCCAGCCAAUCCGAGGAUCGUUUCAUUUUCCGACAUUUCCAGCGCCGCUUUCAACAUCCGUCAAGGACUGAUCUACACGCCUUGCACGGUCUGUUCAUGGCCACGUCGCGGUUGCGUCGCGUUUUGGCGGCAAACUUUAUGGAUUUGAAAAUUGAUCCAACCUGACCUCAAACAAUUCUAAAGGUGUGAAAAGAGAAGGAAACGUUUUUUUAACCGUCGAUCAUGUCAUCUCGUCGUAAACCGUUUUUGGUCGGGUUCAGUGACAAAAUUCAAGGAGUCUUGAAAAAUCAGCUCUAUGUAGAUGAUUCACGACUGGCUUGACCCAUCGAAAAAAGGGUCCUGACACGAUAAUGCACGAGAUAGUGCCUGGCUCGUGGAGGGCACAGACGGGCCAGCGUCCCAAGCCAGCCACGAAUCGGCUAUAUUAAAAUUUUAUCUACGAAACUUUGUUUUAUUUAAGCUGAUUUAGAUCAGGAUUCACAAAGAAAGAUUCAAAAUCAGACCAGCAGAAUAUUUUUUACCGUAUGAUUUUUAGAAGUCAUUGCAACUGUCGAAGAUGUUCGACAUGGAGAUGUACUUCAAGAAGGAGUACAUGCAAGUUACCGGGUCUUUCAAAGAACGAGGAGCUCGGUACGCGCUCACGAGGUUGACGCCUGAAGAGAGGAGUCACGGAGUGAUCGCCGCCAGUGCAGGUUGGAGUUGCCGAGGGUAGAAGAAUAAAAAGAACGCGAGCAAAAAGCAAAAAAGUUUGACGGCUAGAGGGGUCGAACCUGUGAUAGUUUUAGUGCUAGUCGAGAGCACUGCCACUUUACCAAGCUUCCAGAUCUAUUCAGAUUAUGCGAGCUCCGGUAUAUGCGCGCCGACAUAAGUUUGAUAAGCUUUUCCUCGGUACCUUUGUCGGUUUUUCUUUCCUUUUAGAGCAAUCUCCCCUAGGUAUAUCUUUCAUAAAAGUCUCAAUCAAUAAAUGCGCACACACCCCUUGUCAGGCAAGACUCACUAUUGAGAUAUCAAAAAAAUCCUUUUUUAAAACUAAAUUCAAAAUUUCAACCGAAAAUCAAAAAUAUUGAGGAAAUCACGCGCUCGCCCUCAGCUACCACGGACAACAGCUCCACGUCCCAGUUACCGUAGUCAUGCCCAUCUUCGCCCCACUGAUGAAAAUCACCCUCUGCCGGUCCUACGGCGCCACCGUCAUCCUCAAGGGCGACAAUAUCCAAACGGUAACGACUUCGGGGUCAUUACAAUGAUAAUCAAUCAAGUAGGACAAUGAUAAUGUUCCUUUUUUCCUUGGCUGGUUGGUCUUUGGUAGAACCAUUUUACAGCAGCCACCGAAGGUCACGUUUUGAUAAGACGCUGGAAAAAAGACGUUAAGUUAUUAUUACUCGUCUGGUUUGGUUACUGGAAUCACCUGAAAUUGGGAAUUGGUGAAAGGAAAUCAACACAAAAAACUAGAAAUGGCUGAAAAGUUGAAAAUUGAAAAGGAACUCCAAGGUUGUUUGACGCUUUUUGAAGAAAAAGACGAAAAAAAAAUAAAUGUUGAGCAGUGUAUUAACGCCUAGUGUGGAUAGGAAACAUUCAAAAAAGGAGCUUUUGUUAUUUUUCUACGAUUUUCUAUCGAGAGUAUAAAGAAAAGCUAGGAAAAAAAGCAACCUCGGGUCAAAAUGAAAGCUCAAAUUUAGGCAAAAGACUUUGCCUUGAGACAAGCGAUUGACAAGAAGAUGAAAUAUGUGAACGGCUAUGACGCCAUCGACAUCCUGGCCGGCCAGGGGACCAUUGGUCUCGAGAUUCUGGAACAGGUUUUCCUCAACUUUUUGGUCUUUUUAUUCACUAGUCUUCAGAGAAGAUUCUCUGCUGGCUCAUCGAAUAAUUGAAGAGUUUUUUUAUCAGUUCACGAAACUGUAGUUGAUCAUGAACGGCGCGUAGAAUAUCACGCACUUCUUGUGCAACGCUGGGCUGCCUAGUUUGUCUAAUUUUUAGCGAAGAAGCCUCCGCGGGCAGGGCCGGGCUAGACCGGGCUUUGAAAAGAACUUUUCAAUUUGAUCAAACGAUUGUUCACAUGGUUCCUGUUGAAUAGGGAGAGUGAGAGAAGACACAUGAUUUUUGAAUCUAAGAAAAUUUGCCCUUGUUGGGUCGCGCCGCCCGUUUUUGCUUGCCUUACUAGGGCCUAGCGGGGUCGGGAAAAUGACGUGCCGGAUCCUAACAAGCCUGAUAUUUGACUUGAACAAAAUUUGCACUUGUUGGGUCGGACCGCCCGUUUUUGCUUAAGGGGUCAUUAAGACCGGGCGAGUUCGGGCUUUAGAAAUUUCCGCAAGCCGGGCAAAACAAGUGAUUUUUGUCUUAACAAGUCUGAUGUUUGACUUGAAGAAAAUUCCCACUUGUUGGAUCGGGCCGCCCGUUUUUGCUUAAGGUCUUACUAAAGCCGGGCGGGGUCGGAUCGGAAAAAGAUUUUCGUCCUAAGUCGGAUAUUUGACCUAAAGAGUGUUUGAGCUCUUUGGGCCAUUCCGGGUUGGUUCGGGCUUAGAAAAUUGACCGGAGGCAGUUAGACCCUGCCCUCGCACAGGCCUGAUAGAAGUCGAUUUUUGAGCGUUCCGAAAACCAGCCAUUUUUCAAUCUCUCUUUGGUCUCUUAUCAGUUUCAUUUUUCAGGUACCAGACGUCGACGCGGUUCUGGUUCCAGUCGGGGGCGGAGGAUUGAUUGCCGGCAUCGCGGUCGCAAUCAAAACUCUGAAGCCCUCUGUUCACAUUUACGUUUGGAGAAACAACAAGUAGAAGUUGUUCAGAAUGGGAAUUUUCAGGGAGUUGAAGCCGAAACUUGCCCAUCGUUCAGUGAAGCUUACAAGGCUGGUCAUAUUGUGACGACGUCGAUUUCGAGCAGUCUGGCUGAUGGUUGAAAUUUUGAAGGAUCUUCCCAGAAAAAGAGAGAAUUCAGGUCUGGCGGUGCCGUCAGUUGGUGGGAAUUCACUUGAAACUGCAAAGGGGCAUAUUGAUAAGGUACACAGAGAGCUUUUUUUAAAAUCAUGCGAUAAAAUCUCAUUCUCUGACUUCCAGGAACCAAAUUUUUAAUUUAUUUAAGGUGGUGACAGUCUGUGAAGAAUGCAUCGCUCUCAGCAUUCUUCGCCUUCUGGAAGUCGAAAAAGCCGUGGUCGAGGGAGGAGGAGCUGUCGGACUCGCGGCCGUCAUCUCCUCCAAGCUGCCAGAACUCAAGGGGAAGAAGUGAGAGUCCAAGCCUUUCUCCUCAUUGAAAAUGAGCUUCAGAGUAGUUUCCAUUCUAACUGGAGGAAACAUCGACACGACAGUCUUGGGUAGGGCGAUCGAGCGAGGUCUGGCCGUGGAUGGGCGGUUGAUCCGCCUCGAAGUCGUCGUGUCCGACCGGCCUGGAGGCAUCGCCGAACUCACCACUCGACUUGCUCAACUCGGCGCCAGCAUCAAGGACAUCUUCCACGAACGUGCCUGGAUCGCCACCGACGUCUUCUCCGUCAAGGUUCGCUAGAGUUAGAAAAAUAAUCUGCUCGACUUCAAUUGAUAUACAGGAUUCAAAAUUGCUUCUAAAUUUAUCUUUAUAACAGGGAAAUGGCUUUGAAGGCAUACUUUCUUGACAAGGGCGAAGAUGAUGCGAUUGAAAAUUUGAUCGUUAAGAAGAGUUUCAGGACCUCCUGAUUCCAAAAGAAGGAAAAGAAAGUUUCUCAUCAUUUGUUUUAUAGUCGAGCUUUGACCCUUCAAAAGCAUCUUGAAAUCCUGAUUUUUCAACAGUUUUUAAAACAUAAAACAUUUAGCUUGUUGAAGAUCGAAGCUGUAGACAAAGACUUCUCCGAUUUUUUUUGAUUUCUCUUUGAAAAAAUGAAUAAAAACCAUUAUGGUAACAGACAGACCGCUAGAGCAAACUUUCUAAAAUAUGCUGAUGUUGAAUUUGAAAGUUAUUUCAAGGUAAUUUCCAGGUAAAAGUGGUCGCUGAAACCCGCGACAAGGACCACGUCAAGGAGAUUGAAACCGCUUUGAAGUUGAAGUAUUCGAAUGUGAGUUUUUCCCUUGUUUUGUUCGUUUUUUAAUUUACCUUUUCCAGGUCCACAUUGCGUGA